AUGACUUCGACGACCUCAAAUUCGAAGACCUCAAAUUCGACGACUUCUAAUUCGACGACCCUCUAUUUGACGACCUUAAGUUCGACGGCCUUUAAUCGGACAACUUUUCAUUCGACGACCUCGAGCUCGACAACCUCGAGUUUACAGAUCUAUUAUCCGACGAGAUCGGGUUCGACGACCUUGACCUCGACGACCUCCAAUUUCGACGACAGUUCAUUCGAUGUCCUCGGGUUCGACGACCUUCAAAUCGACGACCUCGACUUUGACGACCUCCAAGUCGAAGAGCUUGACUUUGACGACCUUUAUUUCAAAGACCUUCAUUCUGACGACCUCGGCUUGAUUUACCUUGCCUUCAACGACCUUGACUUUGCCAAACUUCAGCUCGACGACCUCGACUUUGGAAACCAUGACUUCGACGACCUCAAAUUCGACAACCUCUUAUUCGACGACCUCGACUUCGAUCUUGACUUUGUCAAUCUUCAGUUCGACGACGUGGACCUCGACGACCUUGACUUCAAAGACCUCGAGUUGGACGACCUUGACUUCGAUGACCUCGAGUUUAAAGAUAUUUCAACCGACGACCUUGUGUUCGACGACCUACAAUUCGACGACCUUGACUUCGACGACCUUCAAGUCGAAGAGCUUGACUUCGACGAACUCCAAUUUGACAACCUUCAAUUUGACGACCUCUGA